CAAUUUAACCUUGCCAAGUCGAAAAAUAUUGCUGGAGAUAUAACACAGUUCGUUAUCUCGAUGUCUAUGAAAGAUGGCGCCGGUCAUAUAUCGGAAGUUGUAAACCCAUAAAAUCAGCUUAAAUUUCUUUUAAUUUCGACAAGUUAUUUUUGUAUUAGUGACUUUAGUGGCCUCUGUAUUGAAGGAUAAUGUUUCAAAAAAUAUGGCAGACAUUAUUGUCAGGGAGUGGUUGGCUGAUUAUAAGACUUUAAAUAGUUCUGAACUUCACAGUUUUGCCAAUAUUAUAAAUGAAAACUGUGAGUUGUUGCAAUCACUGUUCACUAUAUUUGAAGAGAGGAAAUACUAUCAAGAGUUUCUCGAUCCCGUUUGCCAUCAGUUGUUUAGUUUUUAUCGUUCACCAGAAAAAGAAUUAAAACAAUUUACUUUACAAUUCAUACCAUCUCUUAUUGGGUUAUAUUUAGGGAUUGUGUCAAGAGGAGAACGAAAAAGUUUUCGAUGUGUUGAAAUAUUACUUUUAGGAAUAUAUAAUCUUGAAGUUAUUGAUUCACUGGGAAAACCUAUUAUUCAAUCUUUUCGAAUUCCUUCAAUAUCCAAGCCUUCCAUUUACCAUGAGCCAAUUAGUUUGUCACAUGCUGUACUUACCGAACAUGCAUUAUCAAAACUGGAAUAUGGUGACAAUCGUUCAGUUACAAUUGGACCUUUUCCUGAAGUGGAAAAGAUCAAUGCAACUAAUAGAUUACAGGUGAUGACUAUUUUAAUGAGAGUAUAUAACCAAAGUAUUGGUUCCAUGUCAAAAUUUUCUCAUCAUGCAUUGUGUAAAAUGUGUUCAAAAACAGUAAGACAGGGAUAUCCAAGGAUAAAUGUAGGUUUGAAAUUACCAUACAAUACAGAUAGCAGUGUUUAUCCUAAUCCAAGAACUGUUCAUAGAAUACCCAUUUCCUCUCCUUUUCUUUUGGAAUUAAUUCAUGCAGUUUAUUUCUCAAUGUUUAAUGGUCUGUCAGCUCCAGGUUUGCAAGCAUUGGAUGAUCUCCAUUUCAGAGCAACACAAGAAUUAUUGAGUGAUGUUCUUCUUGUAACAAAUGGCAUUAGAAAUUCUUUGAAAGUUAAUCCAUCUGGACAGCCAAAUGAUGGACCAAUGGGUAUAAGUGUGGCGCUAUCUCCUACUACGGCCACUACGUCUGUUUCUAAGACUAUUAUCACAAAUGCCUCUUUCCGAACUAAAAAACUUCCAGAUGACAUUCCAAUUCAGAAAGAAGGGAGUACGAAAGAUAGCUCUCAACUUGGAGCCAUCACUGAAGAAAUGGAUUCUUCCCUACAAUCUAAGUCUAGUGCAGCAGGGAAAUCUCGGCGGCGUGUAAAUGGAAAUCCAUCAAAAUCUUUGAAAGAUAAAGAAAAGAAAUCAAAGAAGGAUAAAGAAUCGACUAGCUUAGAUCCAAAUUCUAAAGUUAAAGAAAUUGACAAUUCUGUAGCAAAUGCAAAAUCUCAGUCAAAAAGUAAAGGUACUGACAUCAAACUCAGGGUGGAAUGUUCGGAUCUUGUAGACGAAGUGCACAGCUGUGUGGAAAAAAUGGAGAGCCUGAACGUGGCCAUACAGGGAGAAUGCAAGGAUGACCUGCGCCUAUCUGCAAAUUAUGAACCCGAAAGUUUGGGCGAGGCCAUGUCGUGCGUAUCUCCGAUUAACAACUAUCCUAUGGACGGAAUAAAAAACAUGUAUGCCACGGCAAACGGACAUGGAUUAGAAAAGGAAUUAGACGAAAAGUAUUAUGUGAACUCUAUGGAAGUUAAGGAUUUGGAAAACAGUUCAAUUAAUCAAACUUCUUUUCAUCAACAGACAGUUGUUUAACAUUUUACUUUAAUUUUUUUUUUCUUUAUUCCAAAUGAGACAUUUGUCUUUCUUCAUAGUUAAUGACUGGUUCUUCAUAUACAAAACAUUUUAAUUGCUUUUUUUUUUCUAAUGGUUUUUGUAGCACACGAUGUUUUUUCGACUGAGUGUUUUAGGAUUGUAUCUUCAUCAUUAAUGUUGAAUCUACUUACCGCAGUUCGUUUGUACUUUGCACACAUUAACUCUUGAUUUUUGAUAUCAAACUUGAGGAGGACCCUGACAAGAAUUCCGACUGUGUUGAAAAACAAUCGCCCAUUGAAUCUAACUUUCAAAAUUUAGUUUUUUGACUGUUGUUAAUGGAUUCAAUAAUUAGUUAAGUUUGAAUUCAAAAUGUAUAGCUUAUAUAAAUAUAUAUGAAAUAUAUAUUAAUNC